AAAGAAGGAGCCAAGCAUUUUUCAGGAUUAGAAGAAGCUGUGUUUAGGAACAUACAGGCAUGUAAGGAGCUUUCUCAAACCACCCGUACAGCUCUUGGGCCAAAUGGAAUGAACAAAAUGGUUAUUAAUCAUCUUGAGAAGCUUUUCGUGACAAAUGAUGCAGCAACUAUCUUAAGGGAGUUGGAGGUCCAACACCCAGCUGCAAAAAUGAUUGUGAUGGCUUCACAUAUGCAAGAGCAAGAAGUUGGAGAUGGAACAAACUUUGUCCUUGUUUUUGCUGGAGCUCUUCUUGAGCUAGCGGAGGAACUUUUGAGGAUGGGACUUUCAGUUUCAGAGGUGAUAGAAGGGUAUGAAAAAGCUUGCAAGAAAGCCUUGGAAAUUCUUCCUGACUUAGUAUGCUGUUCUGCAAAGAAUCUGCAUGAUGUUGAAGAAGUGGCAUUUUUAUUGCACACCCCAGUAAUGAGCAAACAAUAUGGCAAUGAAAACUUCCUGGCAAAGCUUAUUGCUCAGGCUUGUGUAUCUAUUCUUCCUGAAUCUGGUUAUUUCAAUGUUGACAGUGUCAGAGUAUGCAAAAUUUUGGGCUCUGGUAUUGCUGCUUCUUCAGUCCUGCAUGGCAUGGUUUUUAAAAAAGAAACUGAAGGAGAUGUUACUUCGGUCAAAGAUGCCAAAAUAGCUGUGUAUUCCUGUCCUUUUGAUGGCAUGAUAACUGAAACUAAGGGCACUGUACUGAUAAAAAAUGCUGAAGAACUUAAGAAUUUCAGCCAAGGAGAAGAAAAUCUAAUGGAUCUGCAAGUCAAGGCAAUUGCUGAUGCUGGUGCAAAUAUUGUAGUAACAGGUGGCAAAGUGGCGGACAUGGCACUUCAUUAUGCUAACAAAUACAAUAUUAUGUUAAUAAGGUUGAACUCAAAAUGGGAUCUCAGGAGGCUGUGCAAAACACUUGGUGCUACAGCUCUUCCCAAAUUGACGCCACCUACUCUAGAAGAAAUGGGUCAUUGUGAUAGUGUGUGUUUGUCAGAGGUUGGAGAUACACAAGUAGUUGUGUUUAAGCAUGAAAAGGAAGAUGGUGCCAUUUCUACCAUAGUAAUACGUGGAUCUACAGAAAAUCUAAUGGAUGACAUAGAAAGAGCUGUAGAUGAUGGUGUUAAUACUUUCAAAGUACUUACUAGGGAUAAACGUCUUGUCCCUGGUGGUGGUGCAACAGAGAUUGAGUUGGCAAAGCAGAUCACAUCUUACGGAGAGACAUGCCCUGGGCUUGACCAGUAUGCUAUCAAGAAAUUUGCAGAGGCAUUUGAAACCAUUCCUCGAGCACUAGCAGAAAAUUCAGGAGUAAAGGCUAAUGAAGUUAUCUCCAAACUUUAUGCAGUGCAUCAAGAAGGCAACAGAAAUGUUGGAUUUGAUAUCGAGGCUGAGGUUGCAGCUGUGAAGGAUAUGUUGGAAACUGGUGUGUUAGACACAUAUCUUGGAAAACACUGGGGUAUUAAGCUGGCUACAAAUGCUGCAGUGACUGUGCUCAGAGUAGAUCAGAUCAUCAUGGCAAAGCCAGCUGGUGGGCCUAAACCUCCUUCAGGAAAGAAAGAUUGGGAUGAUGACCAAAGCGAAUGAACACCUUGUCACUGUAGUUUGAGUGAAGUAGGAUUGUAUGUAUCUUCUUGUACUCCUGUUGGGGCCUCACAUGUUUUCUCCCUCACCUUAAGUUAUGAGACUGUAUCAGUAAAGCGUACGAUACUGCUACCAUUUCAAUAAACGAACCUGAAAUAUAAAAAGA